UCAGGGCUAGGUUUCAAUAUAAGAGGUGGUAUAGAUAUUCCCCAUUUAAAGAGUGAUUCUGGUAUAUUUGUGACGAAGUUAAAGGAAAAUGGAGCUGCUAAUAGAGAUGGUAGAAUAAAAGAAGGAGACAAAUUAUUAGAGAUAAAUGGUACUGAUUUACGCAAUGUUACUCAUUCUGAAGCUGUUCAAGCAUUUUUAAGUGCAGGAAACACUAUAGCUCUUAAAGUACAGCACGGUGCAGAAAAGCAUAUUUUGGUGAGAUAU